AUGGUAAGUAACAUAUUUUUAAAUUUUGGCUGUUAAUUUUUAUUUAAAUGGCAAGAACUUUAUUUACAAAGCUUGAAAUGGCAAUAACUUUCUUUACAAAACAAAAAAUAGCAAGAACUUUCUUUAAAUACCGUAAAAUAGCAAGAAUUUUCUUUACAUUUUGUUUUUUAGGUUUACGGAACGACUCGUGAACGUGGUCUACCAAGAUACGACAGUUUUACAUUACAACCAAUCCGACCACCGAUUUAUGGCGGCACAGUGAGUGGAACAUUGAAACAUUACAAUAGAAGACCUCUUCAUACUGCAAGUUUUUCAAAAUUUUUGUCAAUUUUGGUUUUUAGGCUUCUAAUUGAAAGAACUUUCUUUACAAAAUAUAAAAUGGCAGGAACUUUCUUUACAAAACAAAAAAUGGCAAGAACUUUCUUUACAAACUAAAAAAUUGCAAGAACUUUCUUUACAACCCUUUUUAGGACGUAUAUUCUCAGCCCAGACCAUCCGCUGUAAGACCCAUUACUUUGGAACAUUUUGAUCGACCAGUAAACGGGACUGUCAGAUCAGUCAACCCAUAUUCAUCGUUUGAGCCGGCUGUCUCGCCUCCAGUUACUGUAACUGCAUUACCUACUGUACAACAUGCGUAAGACUGGUUUUAAUUAUUUGAAAUAACCUACAGAAAAAAAAUGGCAAGAACUUUCUUUGCAACGCGUAAAAUGACAAGAACUUUCUUUAUAAAUUAUAAAAUGGCAAACACUUUCUUUACAAAACAAAAACUUUCUUUACUAAACAAAAAAUAACAGAAACUUUCUUUACAAAACAGAGAUGACAAGAUCUUUCUUUACAAGAUAAAAUAUGGCAAAAACUUUCUUUCCACCUUUUAAAUUUCAUUUUUUCAGUUUCAAAUGGAACUGGACCGAACGUUUGGCUGAGAACACUUAUAUCGGCAUUCAUCGAUACUUCUUCCUGGCCAAGAAGCUGCUAGCCUUGGCCGCGUUGGCCAUAACUGUUUAUGUCUUCUUUGGUCGAUUCUCUCAUCCAAUUCGAAAAAGCAUCGACGAGCCUGACCAAACCUUUUUGAUUACGAUGGCCGAGCGAAAUUUGCAUACAAUUUUGUUCGCCGCUUCGGUUUUCACAAUUUUGGGUAACAUUAUUGGCAGUAUCAACCAUUGGAACGAUCCACAAAAGGCGUUGACACAGUUGUGGAUAAGAUUGGCAAUUUUGGGAUUCGAAGUCAUUUUGGACAUUACUGUUAUCGUUUUUGCUGUCGCUGCCAUUAUUAAGGUCUCUCAGGUGAGCUUGAAGUUUUUUUGCACGGUGCAACCGAUUUUUUGGGAUAGCGCCGUGCAGUCAUUUUUUAAAAAUUCAUUGUGCCAUUAUUUAUGAAAUAAGAAAGGAAAAAUUAGUUUUAGUAGCUUUACCUAAUCUAUGCUGAGCAGCAUUUGUUGCCUAAAAUAACCCGAAAACAGCACAGGAGCAAAAAUAAAAUUUGUUGCACGGUGCAGUGGUUUUCAGAAAUUCAUUGCGCCAUUCUUUUUAAAGCAAUAACCGUAAAAAUAAUUUUAGCUGCUUUAUAUUGUCUUAAACUAUAAGAUAAAAUAGUAUUUGUUACCUAAAAUAAGCUAGAAAUUGCACAGUGCAAAAAAUAAAAUUGGUUGCACGGUGCAGUCAUUUUUCAAAAAUUCAUUGUGCCAUUCUUUAUAAAAGUACCAACUUAAAAUUAGUUUUAAAAGCUUUUUAUGGGUACGUUCUUAAAGUUAUAGUAGUAUUUGUUAUCUAAUAUAGGCUAGAAAUUGAGCGGUGCAAGAAAUAAAAUUGGUUGCACAGUGCAAAGACUCUUAUAAAUUGCACUGUGCAAGGAACAAAAAAAUGUAAAAAAUAUGCAAAUUAAUAAAAAUGGCAACAACUUUCCUUACAAAGCAAAAAAUGGCAAGAACUUCCUUUACAGCACGAAAAAUGGCAAGAACUUUUUUUGCAAAACCAAAAACAACUAAAAUUUUAAAAUUUUUCAAUUUCAGGAGUCAAAAGAGGAAGAAACACCCGAUCUUACCCUAUUCUUCUCCCAAAACCAACGUUUUACUCAAUUAGGCAUUGAAAUUGGAUUGGCCAUAACUUCUUUGCUUUUCAGUUUCUUCAGUAUUUACAAUGGCAUUUAUGCCAUUAUGAGAUUACUACGUGAUAAGAACGCUGAAUUGAACAUUUAUCGAUUGAAUAUUGAACAAGCUAGCUAUGCCAAUCAGUUGGUGCCUGCUAGCGAUGCUUAUUAA